AACGUAAGUUCAUUUUUAAAGAAUUAAUUGAUUGUCAUCAAGUUAGAUGCUUUGAAAAACGUUCUUAUUUAAAAGAUACGCCCUCCGACCAUUAAGGAUGAGUGCCUGUAUUUUUUGGCAGUUGAUUAAAAAUAGAUGUAAUAGAGUUCCAUUUCAUCCUGUAAUCCAGGUACUAUGUCAAAGAAGUAUACACACAAAAUGCACUUGUGCUCAGUCCAGAAAUCAGUCAUAUAAAUACAAACAGUAUCAACAAUAUAUACAAACUAGACAGUUUUCUACCACAAACAUACAUAGAGCUGUGGACAAAGUGACAAAAUCAUUCGAUGAGUACUACUCUGCAGUGUUGGAAGCUCACAAGUCGAAUGAGAACUUGAUAUUAUAUAAAUAUCGUGAGAUAUCCAAGGAUGAAUCAGAGAGAGAGAUUCAGCUUCGGAGAUGGAUGUUUAAUGAGGCUGUUGAUAUUUAUAUAGAGAAAUCAGACAGUCCGCAUGCUUCUGCCCUCAGGAGAGGGCAUGUAGAAUUUAUUAGUCAAGCCUUGCAGAGAAUGCGUGAACUUGGUGUUCACAGAGAGCUUGCAUGUUAUAAAGCUUUAAUUAAGGUAUUUCCAACUGAUAUAAUGGUACCUAGAACAGCGAUGCAAGUAGAGUUCUAUCACUAUCCAAAACAACAAGACAGCGCUCAUGAAAUACUCGAACAGAUGGAGGAUAAUGGUUUGAUGCCAGACCAAGAAACUCGGGAUUUAAUGGAAGCAAGAUUUGGAAAGCACACUCAUGUGGUACGGAAGAUUAGACGAAUGAUGUAUUGGUUUCGGAAGUUCCAGAAUACCAAUCCUUUUAAACUGCCUCACUAUCUGCCGUUAGAUCCUAUAGAACUUGCCAUCCUUGCUUUGAAAAAAAUGUCUGUAGACCUUGAAAAUGAAAUUAAAGUAUUUAAGGUUACCGACCAGGGACAACAAUUAUUUAUAGCAUCAGCACAGAGUCCAACCCAGAGAGACAUGAUUAGGAAACAUUCGGAAUCUGUCCCCUUGUAUGUAGAGGGAGGUUAUCUUGUGUGGCUAAGGGACAAAUGGCAGACUUACUUCAUACUGAGAUCAGAUAGUGACUCCAAACUGUUUCAGUAUCGUACUAAAGAAGAGGAGGAUGAAGACUUUGAGAUAGAGACUAUAUUUGACACUGAAGAGCCAAAGCAACUAGCUCCAAGGCCAAGUGUUCAUCAGCAAGAAGAUGGCACGAUUCUAGGCAUGUGUAUAACUGAAACCAGCACUAAAGACUCACUCGUCAGCUGGAUACGGUGUUUACAAGAAGCAAACCCUAAUCUUGAGAAAAUUCCUAUAGUGUUUACCUUACGAUCACCUGAAGAGGGUAUAGUACCAGUUGAAGACGAGGACAUAAAAACUGAGCAGCUGGAACCUUCUAAAUGAUAAAUGCUCAUUUUAGGAUUUUUAAAAUUAAGUAUUAGAUUAAAUAUUCUGUAACAAGUUUCUAUCAUAAUUUCUUUCAUAAUUUUCUUUUCCAAUUGAUCUACUUGGUAAAAUGAUACUACACCAUCAUUUGAAGAACUUAAAAGUUGGGUAAUAAGAUUGUUGUUUUUCUAAAGUAUGUUUUAAUUUAUCCAAAAAGUCUGGGAUAUUUUCCGUGGAAUUUAUUGUAAACUUUUCAGUUGGCAUAAUUAAUCAGUGUAUAUUGUUUUUGUUGUAAAUGAAAAAUUUGAUAAAAAAUCAGUUUUCAAAUUCUUGUCAGCUAAACUUUCACACUGAUUUUGCUGUCAAUAGUACUAAACUACCCUGCUACCUGAUUUUGAUACCUAAAUGAUUUCUUAUGGUUCUAGUUAAAUUAGGAAGAAAUUCAUGAAAAUUUAUGUUACAGCAUACAUGAAUCAGACAGUUGUCAUGUUUCUUAGGAAAAUUGUUUUAACGUCUACAUGGUUGUACAUUUUGCUUGAAACAGUUAGUUUUAAUAUAAUUUUUGCUUUAGUUAUGCAUAAAUUUCACACUGAUUUUGCUGCCAAUAGUACUAAACUACCCUGCUACCUGAUUUUGACACCUAAAUGAUUUCUUAUGGUUCUAGUUAAAUUAGGAAGAAAUUCAUGAAAAUUUAUGUUACAGCAUACAUGAAUCAGACAGUUGUCAUGUUUCUUAGGAAAAUUGUUUUAACGUCUACAUGGUUGUACAUUUUGCUUGAAACAGUUAGUUUGAAUAUAAUUUUUGCUUUAUUUAUGCAUAAAUUUCAAUGUUUAUAAUACCGGUAAUAUUUUCUUUUCAUUAUUUGAUUUUUAGAUGUAACAAGACUGGAAAUUGUUUGACUAUGAUAAGAAAUGAUUUAUUUCUAAAAUAUGUCUCUUGUUAAUCUAUACCCCGUGUAUUUUUUGGUUUGGAAGUACUAAAGUUUAAUAGAGAAUAUCUUUUAAGCUUACACUGCCACUACAGGGUCAGUAUUCAUCAAUGUUUAUAGUCUGAAAUUUUAGAGUUGGUCUUAAGAAAAAUCCAACAGUAAGCAAGUGCUGUAAUUUUGAAUUUUUAAAUUUAUGCUGUGGAUAUAUUUUGCUGUACACUAAAGAAGACAGGACUGGUGCUAGUCUGUGUUUUGUUCACAGGAGAUAACGACUGAGGCUAUUAAAAUUUUGUUUAAGGCAUCGCCUACAGUGGCGGCCAUUUGACUCAAAAUUUUACAUGCAAAUUUUCAUAAAAAUAAAAGAUGACUGAGUGGUAACAAUAAAGUCAAUAAAUUUG